CAGGUUUUUGUGUUAACAUUUUUUGCCUUGCAGUUAGAAUAGAGUGACCUUCAGCUCUGAUCCUACAAAUGUGAGUUUUUUUAACUUCAUUGCAUGUUGAUGUUGUUUUUGUGAUUGAAAAUUCCACUCCUGUAGUCCUGGUAGGAUUUUGAAGUAAUGUGGAUGAAGAAGCCGAAUGCAAUUGUUGUGGUUUAUUCGAAUGCGAAGCAGUUUGAUUUUAUAUCGUCGCUCAAUCUAGAAUGCUGAAGAGGAGAAAAUAUGGUCAUAGUGGGGUGGCAUUGCAACCAAAGUUUAUGAGACAGCUUAUAACUGAGUAUAUACUUUGCAGGCAAAUCUUAGUUAGUGCAAAUGAGCAAAUGAAGUCUUUCAUAUUGUUUCUAAACACAAAACACUAUGGAGAUUGUUGACAUAAUCAUCUUGGAUGAUGAAUUUGAAGAACUUCUGCAGGUAAUUUUUUUUUUGUGUCGAGUUUUCCUUCAAGUGCUCCAUUCAUCUCAUUGGCAUUGACACCUAAAUUACAAGUUGUAAAAUAGUACUCGAGAUUAUGCCUUUUGUUUUCAUACAGACAACAGAUCUGUUUCAGUGUAUGUAUAUGCUGAUAUAUGUGAAAGGUUCUGAUUAUAUCUCCAUUGUUUAGCUGAACUUAUUUGCUCUCUACCACUUUUAUAUUCAUCCUUACUAACGUAUAGCUUGACAACUAUUGCAUAAUUUGCAUAGCUGCUGAUGCAGCGUCUUCAGCUGCGAGCACCUUCAAUUCUCAGGCUUUGACACUCCUCCUUGCUUAUUGUUUUUGCCUUCCAUCACUGUAGCACAUGCUGUUUGUUGAUUGUGCUCAUGCAUUAGGUCGAUGACCCGAUGCAGAGAAGAGGAUAGUACCAUGUAUACAUGAUAACGAUAUGAUAUCUCAAAAUGCAGCAGCAUAGACUGUGUUACAUAUUGAUGUUCGAGUUCUUAAAGCUGUUGCUAUUGAGCAUAGCAAGGAUGUUGAUGAGGCUGCUGUAGCAGUAAUCGACGAAAUAAUUCCUUUCCUCGCUUCUCAUAGUGUUUGUGAGAGGCAUCCUGAAGUGGAGGGUGAUACUGUUCGGUUGACGUUGACAGUGGAUGAUGAUGUAAAAAUGGAUGCUAACAUUCACUCUCAAGGUGAAUCACUUGUGGUGGUAGGCGAUGAUAAAGUGCACACUUGUCAAAUCGAAGUUUUCGAAGACCCUGAAACAGAGAGAACACAUUCAGCAGAAGAUGGAACUUCAUUUGGUAGUGAUCCUCUGUCUACGGUGGGAAUGUCGCAGGAUGUGGAAAUGGGUGUUGGGCAGAAGACGGAUUGCAUUCAAGAAAUAGAAGAGGAUGCUGGUGGGAAAGCUCGGGAUAUUUCUGUUAGUACUUCAGGGGUGGAGGCAGAGGCGUCUGACGUGCAUGAGAGUAAUUUAGAUGAAUAUAAUUUACCUUUGUCGACUGAAAGUGCUUCCAGUGGGAAAAACAUUAGCAGUACUCUUGGAACGGAGGAUAAGUCAACCUUGAACGCGUCCAUGUCUAAUAAAAAUGGGAUUAUUGAUGUCUUGGAGGAAAUUAUUGCUGAUGCAAGAAAUAAUAAGAAAACAUUGUUUACGGAAAUGGAGUCUGUCAUCAACUUGAUGAAGCAAGUGGAGGUCGAGGAGCAAGCUGCGGAACAAGCCAAAACCGAAGCUGAAAGAGGUGAUAUUGAUUUGCUGAAUCAGGUCGAGGAGCUGAAAAGAAUGCUGCAACAUGCGAAGGAAGCAAAUAACAUGCAUGCCGGGGAAGUUUAUGGUGAGAAAGCCAUCUUGGCAACAGAGUUGAGGGAGCUCCACUCUCGUCUGCGUUCCCUAUCAGAUGACAGAGAUCAAUCACUUACAUAUCUGGCUGAGAUGCGUCAAUGUUUAGAGGUCCGACUAGCUGCUGCUGAGAAUGAAAUAAAAUCUGCAUUGCUGAAAAAACUGGAGAAGGAAGAAGUUAGUAGGAAAUCCCUUGUUGAACAGGAAUUCAUCAUGGAACAAGUGGUGCAAGAAUCAAAGAUACUGAGACAACACGCAGAAGAUAAUGCUAAGCUGCAUGAAUUUCUCGUGGAUCGCGGGCAACUGGCAGAUACAUUGCAGGGUGAAAUUGCUGUUAUAUGCCAGGAUGUGAAGCAGCUAAAGGAGAAAUUCGACCAGCGUCUUCCGCUUGGCAAAUCACUCUUCUCCGGCCAGACGAGCUUCCUCUUAGCUUCUUCGACCUCAUCAAUGAAAAGCUUCGUUCCAGAUCAAGUGGAGCCUUUGGCAACCAAAGACGAUGAACAAUUGAACACCGGACAUGAGACAGAUCACGUGAAGGACCCUGAAAACGAACCAGCUAGGGUAGACUGCAGGUUGCUCGCGGAAAACUAUGGAUGGGAGCUUUUCGACAGCAGCGAAGCUAAAGCCUGAGUACUGGGAAUAAUACAUAUCACGUAAAUGGGAGGUUUUUUGACAGCAGUGAAGCGAAGUGGUGACUGCAUUUUUGAAUUUUUGUAGAACUUUGGUUCUUUGACACAAUCUUUUCUAGCUAUCUGAAUAUUUAUUUGUAAUAAAAAAAAGUGAAGCAAAAACGUCUUUGAUUACUACUCAGAAACACUAAUAAGGUGCCCUUUUUCUUUUA